UAUUUACUCACCCAACAACCAUCUUUUAAAAUAAAUAAUUCACACUAUAUCAAACAUGACAAAAUCCGGUUACAUUGAUGCUACAUUUCGUUCUUCUAGGAACAAUGAAGCUUACUUUUUCAUCAAUGACAAGUAUGUGCUACUGGAUUAUGCUCCAGGAACUGGUAAUGAUAAGGUUGUAUUUGGCCCUACUCCUGUUCGUAACGGGUUCAAAUCCCUUGCUAACACCGUAUUCGGAACCUACGGAAUUGAUUGCGCCUUUGACACUGAUAACAACGAGGCAUUCAUCUUUUACGAAAACCUUUGUGCUCUCAUAGACUAUGCUCCACACUCCGACAAAGACAAAAUCAUCUCAGGACCUAAGAAAAUUGCAGACAUGUUUCCUUUCUUUAAAGGAACCGUGUUUGAGAAUGGAGUAAAUGCUGCAAUUAGGUCAACCAGAGGCAAAGAAGUUUACUUAUUCAAAGGAGACAAGUAUGCUCGUAUAGACUAUGAAACCAACCGUCUCGUUCAGAAUAUCAAACCUAUUGCUGAUGGAUUUCCUUGUUUCCGUGGAACAAUCUUUGAAUAUGGAACUGAUGCGGCUUUUGCUUCUCACAAGACCAAUGAAGCUUACUUUUUCAAAGGAGAGAAUUAUGCACGUAUCACUUUUACUCCGGGCGCAACUAAUGACUAUAUUAUGGGUGGUGUGAAAAAAACUCUUGACUAUUGGCCUUCUCUUCGUGGUAUAAUACCUCAAGCAAAUUAAACCAUGGGUGUGAUUGUGUGAUCAUCAUGGUAGUAUUAUAAUAAAGAAUAAAGAUGGUGUGUUGUCGUUUGCUUAUGUUUCUUGAUGUAAUAAAAGUGUGGCUUCCCACACGUCUAAUAAUUGUUUGCUUCAGUUUUUAAUGUAUAUUAAUUUGCACUA